GGAGCGCCGCCUCCCCGGGCAGCGGGGCGGGCCGCCCGCUCGGGCCCUGCGCGCUGCGGCCUGGCUGCGCCGGGAGCGGGGCCGAUGGAGGCGGCGGGCGGCGGCGGCGCGGCGGGGGGCGGCAUCGCCCUGCACGACUUCAGCGGGCGGCUGGGCGAGCAGCGGGUGCACUUCCACGCCAUGCGGCUGCGGGACUCGCUCUUCCUCUGGGUGGGCGCCGCGCCCGCCCUCGCCAGCCUGGCCGUCGCCAUGUGCAGCCCCCGCGACAGCAUCCCGGUGGCCGCCUCGCUGCUGGGCGAUCCCUCCGACACCGCCUCCGCCUGCCUGGCGCAGCGCUUGGCCAGCAAGACGAAAAAACAGAUAUUUGUUAGCUACAAUCUUCAAAAUACAGACAGCAAUUUCACCUUGCUCAUAGAAAACAGGAUCAAAGAAGAAAUGAUGGCUUUUCCAGAGAAGUUCUGAGUUUGCAUCAUUAUAAAAUAACCUGAAGUUUUUGUUUUAGAAAACCUGAUUGCAAUCUUCACACUGACAUUUAGUACAUUUGUUUUGUAUUGUUUUGUUUGAAUUUGCAAUUGUUAUUAAAUAUAGAUGGACCUAAAUACA